UAGCUGGUUCGACGCCACUAGUCCAGUGGCUAGCUCAGCACUAUUAGCACUCCUACCUUUUAGUCGCUUGAGACUACAGUGUCGAACAGUUAGGAUCGACGAUCUCUGAGUAGAGCGAUCAAGAUAGCUAGGGCAAGGCAGCCGCAUGCGCGCAAGAUGAAGUCCGGGCGGAACGAGAGCAGUAGCAAGAAACUUGUGAGCGCAGGAGCUGCGGCUUGGCUUCUGCUUCCUCUUCUAGUCCUCGUGGUGCUCAAGACCGAUUCGCUGCCGCAGAUUACUCUGUAUUCGGUCGACGGGGUAGCACCUUCUCCAGCAUCGGAUGGCGAGAAGGACGUCGCCGUCGCCGAUUCGAUUAAAGAUUCCAAUCGUGAACAGCAAUUCCUUGCCGUGAACGGGGAAGUUGACGUUUCUUCGGUAAAUUCAGAUUCCAAGAAUGAAAAGCAUUUCCUUGCCAUGAACGGGGAAAAAGAUGCUUCCUUGAUAAAUUCAGAUGUGGCAGCACCAGCAAUGAGGAGCAACUUAAGCUGCAACUUCAGCAGCGUCCGGAUGAACAUCUGCGGCAUGGAAGGCGACGUCCGCAUCCAGGGCAAAGCCUCGACCGUGUACGUGGUCUCCGUGUCCGACUACCGUCCGGAGAACAGCACGGUGAUCAUCCGCCCGUACCCGCGCAAAUGGGAGAUCCCGACCAUGGAGCUGGUCCGAGAGAUCACCGUCCGCUCCACCGCUCCACCACGGGAACCGGGCAGCAGCGCCACCAAUGCCAUGGAAGACGACACGGCCCCGCCCGCGCCACGGUGCACGGUGACGCACGACGUCCCCGCGGUGGUCUUCUCCACGGGCGGCUACAGCAUGAACUUCUUCCACGCCAUGACGGACGUGGUGGUGCCGCUCUACAACACGGCGCGCCGGUACGAGGGCCGCGUGCAGCUCCUUGCCACGAACUACGACCGCAAGUGGAUCGCCAAGUUCCGGCACGUCCUGGGCGCGCUUUCGUCGUACCCGGUGAUCGACCUCGACGCCGACGCCGCCGUGCGCUGCUUCCCGUCGGCGCACGUCGGCAUCGAGAGCCACAUGGAGCUCAGCAUCGACCCGGCGCUCUCCUUCCACGGGAACACCAUGAUGGACUUCCGGGACUUCCUCCGCUCCGCUUACUCGCUCAAGCGUUCCUGGACGACCCCCGUGAGCCGGAACAACAGCUCCAGCUCCAGCUCCAGAAAGCCUCGGCUGGUGAUUCUCCUGCGGCGGCACUCGAGGGCGAUGACGAACGAAGGGGACGCCAUGGCGGCGGCCACGGAGGCCGGGUUCGAGGUGGUGCCCGCGGGGCCGGAGGUGUUCGGCGACAUGGGCAAGUUCGCGGAGGUGGUGAACUCGUGCGACGUCAUGGUCGGGGUGCACGGGGCCGGGCUCACAAACAUGGUCUUCCUGCCGCACAACGGGACCGUGGUGCAGAUCAUCCCCUGGGGCGGGAUGAAGUGGCCCUGCUUCCACGCGCUGGGCCGGCCCGUGCCCGACAUGGGCCUCCGCUACGUGGAGUACGAGGCGAGCGCGGAGGAGACGACGCUCAAGGACGUGUACCCGAGGGACCACGCCGUCUUCACCGACCCGCUCUCCAUACACCGACAGGGGUACGGCAUGAUGUGGGCCACUUUCCUCGACGGCCAGAACGUCACGCUUGACAUCGGCCGUUUCAGAGGAGUCAUGGAGCAGCUCUACCAGUCCGUCACCUUGGCGUAGGAAAGAGACUCGCGCGUUAAUUCCGUAGCUAAUAGGACUGUCCCCACCGUGUCAUGAUCAUCAGCGUGCAAGUUAUGCUGUUGUUUAAAUUUUCUCUUUCAUUGGGUUCCACUUUCCAACGCAAAUGUGCACUUGAUAUAGAAAUUAAUUUAUGUUUAUUGAUUGAAUAUUUCUCUUCUUGUUUCAAUUAACCGAGAAAA